AUGUCCUUCAGUAUGCUACGCACCUCCAUCGUCCGCACUCGUCCUCUCCUUCGGGUUCCCACCUUGACAAGAGCAUAUCAAAUCCAACCUCACCCGGAGGCAUACAGCUCCAAAAACCAAGAAUUUUUCAUCGCCGCCUCCUUCCCAGAUGACUUCGAAUCCCCUACGUUGACGGAAAAGCGCGGCGUCGCGACCCCAGCGUGGGAUGAGCUUCAUGCUACCCUGAGUGAAGCGGCGGUCAAAGCCGACCGCGGUGAAGUGAAGAUGCAACAGCUUACUUCGCGAGAGGAGUUGGAGAGGAUGCUGCAGCCAGAUAAGAUGGAUCCGAAGAUCGAUGAGAUGUGA